AUGAUGAAGAGCCUUUUUUUGUCUCUCUUACUUGUCUCUGUUCUGUUCAUGAACAGCUUCUCAGAAGUGCAGGGGAGGAAAUGGAAGGGCGAAGGUACAACGCAAAACCUGGAAAGUAUUGUCAUUGGAAGAUGCUAUGACUAUAUUAGAGUUGUGAAUCCUGCUGUUGGUGAGAAGAAUUGUGCAGCAAUAUGGGAAGCAUUUAAAAAUGCAUUCAUUAACAAGGAUCCUUGCAGCAUUCUACCUAAGGACUAUGAAUUAUUUAUCAACCUGUCAUUGCACACAAUUCCACCUAACAAGUCUCUCUUCUGGGAAAAUAAUCAGCUGCUAGUCAAUAGCUUUGCUGGCAGAGGCCGUCGCUACAUGUCCCUGGGUGAUACCCUGUUUGGCUUCUUUGCAGAUUUUCUAAACUGGUGUGGGCAGGCAAACAGCACUGGACUGGAUUAUGAAUCCUGCCCCACCACGAAGGAAUGUGAAAACAACGCGGUGGAAUCUUUCUGGAGGAUGGCUUCAAUCACUUAUGCGAAGCACAGUUCUGGGGUGAUACAUGUCUUGUUGAAUGGUUCUGCAGUCGGAGGAGCUUAUCCAGUCCCAGGGUUUUUUGCAGAUUAUGAAAUACCUAAUCUCCAGAAAGACAAAAUCUCACAAAUUGUCAUCUGGGUUGUGGAUGAUAUUGAAGGACCAGAUACAGAUUCCUGUGGAACUCAUACUGUAAAGAUACUAGAAAACCGGCUGAAAACCCUUGGUUAUGAUGUCACCUGCACUGACAAUUACAAGCCUGUAAUGUUCUUACUCUGCCUGGAUUAUCCUGGUGAUUCUAAGUGUACCCUUUCAUCGUAA